CUUCUGCACUUUAUCUGCUCGUUCUCUCUUGAGCUCGAUGCGAGGAAGCAAUUGCAUCGGCCUCAUUCGCCGUUCUUAAAAUUCCGUUUGCUUCAUUCUUCUUCUUUGUAUCUAUUCCUCUUUCUAAUGGUUUGCAUUCGUUUUGCGGUCUCCAUUUCCCUCCCUUAAUUUGUCUUGUCCCUGCCCGGGUCUCCUAUAUCGGAAAUCAUGGCGCGACUUGGCCGCGUAGGGUUCCUCACCCUCGCGGUGGUAUUCCACCUAAUUUACGCCUAUUCCAUCUUCGACAUCUAUUUCGUCAGUCCGAUCGUUAGUGGCAUGAGCUCGUUCCGCGUGGAACGAGAGCCCGAUGCUGCUGCCCCCGCAAAACGUCUCGUUCUAUUUGUCGCCGAUGGCCUGCGCGCUGAUAAGGCCUUCCAAGCAUUGCCCGAUCCCGAUGAUACCACCGGAGAAGAUGCGGAUCCUGUUUACUUGGCCCCCUUUAUUCGCUCGCGUGUGCUUUCCCAUGGCACUUUCGGAAUCUCCCAUACUCGAGUUCCUACGGAGUCGCGACCCGGCCACGUUGCGCUUAUCGCGGGGUUAUAUGAGGAUGUGUCGGCGGUUACCACGGGAUGGAAGCUGAACCCGGUGAACUUCGACAGUGUCUUCAAUCGCAGUCGGCAUACAUGGAGCUGGGGUAGUCCGGAUAUUCUUCUGAUGUUCCAGGAAGGCGCGGUUCCCGGAAGGGUUGAUGCGGAUACAUACGGCGAAGAGGAGGAGGACUUCUCGUCUGACGCUACACGGCUUGACACCUGGGUGUUUGAGAAAGUGAAAGAUCUGUUUGCUUCCGCCAAAACUGAUCCUGAGCUGGAUGCGAAACUGCGCGAGGACAAGGUGGUUUUCUUUCUCCAUCUUCUUGGGCUUGAUACUACCGGUCACUUCAGUCGCCCAUACUCGAAGGAAUACCUUCGUAAUAUCAAGUUGGUUGACAGAGGUGUGCAGGAAAUAACCAAAUUGGUGGAGGAAUUUUACGGGGAUGAUGAAACUGCCUUCGUUUUCACAGCUGACCAUGGAAUGAGCGACUGGGGCAGUCAUGGAGACGGCCAUCCGGACAAUACUAGGACGCCACUUGUUGUAUGGGGUUCUGGUGUAGCCGGACCUCGAUACACUCAGGAAGGGACACUUACUGGGCACGAGGAUGGCGUGUCGUCCGAUUGGGGCUUUGACGGCAUUCAGCGAAAUGAUGUCGCACAGGCUGAUGUGGCGGCCCUUAUGGCAUACCUGACUGGGCUCGACUUCCCUACUAAUUCUGUGGGUCAGCUACCGCUGCAAUACCUGGACGCUAGUCCGAAGGACAAGGCACUGGCUGCGUUGGCCAACACUCAGGAGGUCUUGGAGAUGUACCGUGUGAAGGAGGAACAGAGAAAGGCAGCCCUGCUUCGGUACAGGCCCUUUGAGCCACUAGCUGACCAUGGCCGGACCUCUGUUGAUGAGCACCUCGAGGAAAUAAAGACCAAGAUAACAAGCGGCUCCUAUGACGAGUCCAUUGCAAUGUCGUCCGCUUUACUGGCAAAUGCGUUGGAGGGCUUGCGCUACUUACAGACAUAUGACUGGCUAUUCCUCAGAACCAUCGUCACGCUGGGAUACCUGGGCUGGAUAGCCUAUGCUCUGACUACGGUUAUCGACUUGCAUGUCCUUCAUGGGACUUCAGACUCGAACCGGACAGCAUUUAGCACUUCGUUCUUCUCGUCGAUACUUGUUGCACUUUUCUCUGUCUUUUUCGUUCAGCACUCCUCUUGGAGGUAUUAUCUGUAUGGUUUCUUUCCGGUAUUCUUCUGGGAAGAGGUGUUCGCCCGACGAAAGGCUCUACUUGCUGGCCGCGACAUCCUUAUGGGUCAUGUUCACUCCGCAAGUGGCUAUGUCGCGUUUGUAUUUCAGUUGUUGGCUUUUGUGGGUGUAUUGGAGGCUUUGGUGCAAUCCUACUUCCAUCGCGAAAUCUUUACUGUGUGCUUUGUCCUGGGUGCUUUUUGGCCCCUUUGCUACGGCGCAGGAUUCGUGAAGAACCAUGCACUGCUGUCCCUUUCAUGGUUUGUGGGCUGUCUUCUGAUGAGCACUUUCACUUUGCUACCGGCAAACAAGGUCGAAGAGAUAGGCACAAUAACCUGGGGAGGCCUGUUAAUGUUCUUCACCGGCCUGCUUUACCUACUUUUUGAGAACCGCAUCUUGGGGAGAAAAGCACACACAACGCAGUCGUCCAUCACUCGUCCCAGCUGUGGUUCGCGCACAAUCAUGGGCAUGCAGCUGGGCAUGGUCAUGCUUGCAUUGAUAGUUACGAGAUCUAGUGCAAUUUCUCUUCAAGCUAAAGAAGGUCUUCCAUUUGGCAACCAAAUCGUCGGUUGGUUCGUUCUGGUUACCUCACUGCUACUUCCCUUCCUCUACCGCCUGUAUCCCAACAGGCAUUACCUGCACCGCUUGAUGGUCCUUUUCCUCACCUUCUCUCCAUCGUUCAUCAUCCUCACCAUUUCGUACGAGGGGCUCUUUUACUUCGUCUUUUGCCUGACUCUGGCCACCUGGGUACGGUUGGAGCACGCUAUUCAUGUCUCUACUACAGCGACAAAGAACGGCGCUGCGGAUUCAAAGAAGCCAGGCACCGACGCAACAGCAAUUGUUGAAGGCCAUACUUACCGCUACCGAACCCUCAGCGUGUCAGAUGCACGGGUAGCGCUCUUUUUCUUCUUCCUGCUUCAAUCAGCCUUCUUCAGCACGGGCAAUAUCGCCUCAAUCUCCUCAUUCUCCUUGGAGAGCGUUGUCCGGCUCAUUCCAGUCUUUAGCCCGUUCAGUCAGGGCGCCCUGCUGAUUCUGAAGAUUCUCAUCCCCUUCGCCAUCAUCAGUGCCAACCUGGGCAUUCUGAACCGCCGGCUGGAGGUUGCACCCAGCGCCCUGUUCAUGGUGGUGAUGUCGAUCUCGGAUAUCAUGACGCUGAACUUCUUCUACAUGGUGCGCGACGAGGGCUCCUGGUUGGACAUUGGCACGACCAUCAGCCACUUCUGCAUUGCCAGCUUUCUGUGCACGUUUGUAGCAGUGCUGGAGUUUCUCAGCGAGGUGAUGAUCAGUGGAGUGGACAUUGGUCCCCGAAGCACCGCCAUUGACGCAGUCAACGGAUCCACGGAGACGAAUGGCACUGCGAUGGCCGACAAGAAAAAGCAUCGCAAGACCCAAUAGAAGUGAAGACGCAGCGCAAAGCUCCACCUCGGAGUUGUAAUGAUUUUGUACAUGUGUGAUAGUAUAGUCAGAUACGUGCAUUUGGAUUUAAUAUAC